CGCAUCGAAAUAUGAUGACCUCGCUAGAAAAUUUGAGUCACACUCAAAAUGUAUCAGGGAAAUGAAAGUUGAUCUAGAGUAUAUUUUCAAGAAGAUAAGAAUAAUAAAAACAAAGAUGUCGGCGCAGUACCCUGACAUAUUUGAACAGGUGGAGGCAAAGUUUCCUAGAGGUGACGAUGAUGACGAUGAAUAA